AUGGAUGAGCAAACCAAUGAUCAAGUUCAAGUAGUUCGUCAAGAAGUUGAAGGAUUGAAAGAUCAAGUGGUAAAGAUCCUGGAAUUGCUCACUACUAGAAGAGGAAAGAGUGUUGCGGGGACUUUAUCACAAGUGGAAGUAGAUCUGAACCAGAUACUAGAGGACAUGCCUGCAUACCCUCCGGGUUUUACUCCUCAAAGGUCGUCUACUCCAUGCGUGGUGGAUAGGACAUAUCCUACAUCCUUUCCCACACAAAAUUCUAACCCGACCAUCCAACAGAUAGCCCAUGUGAGCGAUCCAAUAUUUACCCCAAUUAUGGAAAGUGGUAAGAAAAUUUUAGAAGAGCAAGAUAGUAGAAGAAGACUGGAAUUUCUAGAAGAAAGAUUGCACGCCAUUGAAGGUACAGACAUGUACGGGAGUAUCGACAUAGCACAACUAUGUUUGAUAUCAAAUAUGGUCAUCCCUCUCAAAUUCAAGACUCCAGAUUUUGAGAAGUACAAUGGAACCAUGUGCCCAAAAAGUCAUCUAGUUAUGUACUGUCAAAAAAUGUUAACUUACGCUCUGACGAUAAAUUGUUGA